AGGGACCCUCCGCCAAAACCACCCAGGGAAGGCGGCCUGAUAGGCUAAUUCAUAUUCUGAACUAGUGACCCUUCUUUUCCUUGCCCCCACCCCUUUCUCCGGGCUCCCCAGCCCCCCCGCGGAUGGCCGCAGCCCCCUCCAGCUGAGUCAGUCCUGCUCCCGCAGCACUGCAGCACCGCAGCCCCUGCAGCACCGCCCGCAGCAGCAUGGCCAGCACCGUCUCAGCCUACAAGGAGAAAAUGAAGGAGCUGUCUCUGCUCUCCCUCAUCUGCUCCUGUUUCCACACCCAGCCCCAUCCUAACACCAUCUACCAGUAUGGAGAUAUGGAGGUGAAGCAGCUGGAUAAGAGGGCAUCAGGCCAGAGCUUCGAAGUGAUCCUGAAGUCCCCUUCAGAUUUAUCUCCUGAGAGCCCGAUCCUUUCCUCCCCCCCCAAGAAGAAGGACCUGUCCCUGGAGGAGCUGCAGAGGAGGCUGGAGGCUGCAGAGGAGAGGAGGAAGACCCAGGAGGCUCAGGUGCUGAAGCAGCUGGCGGAGAAGCGGGAACACGAGCGGGAGGUGCUGCACAAGGCGCUGGAGGAGAACAACAACUUCAGCCGCCUGGCCGAGGAGAAGCUCAACUACAAGAUGGAGCUGAGCAGGGAGAUCCGUGAAGCACACCUGGCUGCCUUGAGGGAGCGGCUGCGCGAGAAGGAACUGCACGCAGCUGAAGUUCGCAGGAACAAGGAACAGCGGGAGGAGAUCUCUGGAUAAAGGGCUUUUCUACACAUCUAGCACCUGAUUCCUGUUAACAAACCAACCCAUCAGCCAACCAACACGUUUUCUUUUGUUUGUCUCGCUGCAGCGUUCGGUUCUCCAUCCCCCCCUGGUGUUUGUCCCCCAGCUACACACGCUUCUGCAUCCUUAAUCGUCAGUACUUGUGGGGAUUCACAGGUCGUAGGGACCCCAAAGCAGAAUAGCAACUAGUUCACAUGAAAUAGAGAAUCAGUCAGUCGAUCAAACAGCUUCUUUGGAGGGUUUUGUCCUUUUUUAAGCAAAAAUAUUUCUUAAACUGAUGUAAAAAAAAGAAAAUAACAAUUAAGAUAUUAAUAAAUUCAACCAGCAGUGUCACAAGGAUAUGGAUUUCUUAUCCAGGGCUUUUACUCCUCUGCUCCCGUGGCUGCUCUGAGCCAAAACUCAGUUUCAGAAUGAUGGAAGUCAGUGAUAGUGUCUGGGUGUGGAGUAGGAACACGUGGUGGUGAAAUGGCCUUUUUGUGAAGGGAAUCACCAUCCUUCCCUCUUUCCAAAGACAGAUGUGGCUCUGCUGUGCCACCUCAGGGCAGACACCGAGACCAGAGACCACCAGAUGAGCCCAGAGCUCUGGCCCAUAGGCCAGACCCCUCGUACCUCCAGACUUGGCUGCUUUGGGCGACAGGGAGCUAAGAGGGAAGCACUUCCAUAGGAAGGGUGCAGAGAUGUCCCCAUGCUUGUUCCUUGUCUGUCUUUAGCUUUUCAAGGAGCAUUUUUAAGAAAGAAUUGGCCCUUGAAGGAGGUAGAGAUGAGCAGAGCACACGUGAGCGUGGUGGCGAUGGCUGAUCCAACCGGGUGGCUGCCAAAGCUCACGGACUUCCCAGCCCUCUAGAGCUGAUGGAGGCAGCCAAGGUCCCAGCAGCCACGGUGCCCUGCGAGGGGCUGCCACCCUCCUGCUGACAGCCCCAGACCUGCUCCCCUUGCCUUUGCCUUGAAAAACUAAGAGGAGUUGUUGCUUCUGAAGAGCAGGGAUGGCCACCCUCAGCAGUGGGACAGGGGCAGAGGACUCAGCCCUGCAGAGGGGACGCUGGGAGCUGCUUCCUUCAAGACAGAAGGUAAUGAGAAUUCUCCUCCCCGGGCUGAUGGGGUUGGUAUUUUGUUUUGGGGAUGCAGCAGGGGGUGUUUACCCCAGGGCAUCUCUUCCUCCCACCUCACCACAGCCCCGCUGGCCCCACUGCCCUCUCAGACCCCAGAACCAGCCAAUGGGGCUUCCAAGGCACCAAGAACCUUAAUUGGCAGUAACUGGUGUCCUCCUCAGGCUGUGCCUCCCAGGGGUGGGUGGGAGGAAGGAUUCCUGCUGGGGGCUUUGCAGGAUCCUUGGGGAAGAAGCAAAGCACCCGGGGGGGGAGAGGUGGGCACAGGCAGGUGGCAGUGAGACACAGGGACAGCCCAGCAUUGCCAGCAAUGAGGAGCAAGAGCAGAGGAGGGUUUUGCACGGGGAAUAACCACCCUCUUGCCUCUCCUCCCUUCUGAAAAGAAAACAUCACUGAGUCUUGUCUGAAACUGAAGUUUUUUGGGCCUUCAUUAGUUAAGGACUGAUUAGGGGCUGGGUGAGCAGCUGGUGGUAGCAGAAAUUCCACAGAAAGCCAAAGAGUAGCAGCUGCUGGAGGUCAAAUCCUGGGGCUCUUUGCUCAUGUCCCCAGAAUUCCCAGCUGGAUUCAGGAGGGUUCCCUUGAUCACCACAGUCUGAUGUUAGGGGACACUCUGCUCCUAAGAGGAAGGGCUACUGUGCUCCCAAACCCUCAUCUCAGGCCAGAGGGAGGACAGAACUGCUAGAAAGCCCCAGUGCUGCCCAGUGACAAAGGAAAAAAUAAAGAUUUAGGGCAAAAGAGGAAGGAAACUGAGGGUUGAAUUUCUUAACAGUAGCUAAUGAUCAGUUUAUAGUAGCAGCUGUCUUAGGUAAGCAUUGUGUAGAGCGUGGCAUCACCGCCAGCAUCACCUCAUCCAUCUAGUGACAAGGAAUUUUAAAAAGUUUAAAAAGAACAAAAAAAAAAAUAAUUUAAAAGUAAUUUAAAUGAAAUAUUUGUGUGUAAGAAAUGGUUGAAACUGUCAAAUGUCUGUGUCCCACGUUGGUGGGAUCUGAGAAGGUACCUGCAAGAUCUUAACCCCAUCCUACUCUCUGUGGUGCUGA